CUGAUAUCGGCAACAUGUGUCUCGCUGCUCGGAUUGAGGAAUCACUGUGUCCAGUGUGACAAUGUUAGCGCUGCAAUCUGUAUCCCACAUCGUCUGGCGCCUCGAAGAUCCCGGCUGAGGACCAAUCCCAACCUGACCAGCCAUGUCUUCCACAAUGUCAUCAAAUAUAACCGCAAGGAGUGGAAAAGACUCUUCCAUCUUUGACAGUCCCACCUUUGACAAGGAUCUGCGUAUCCAUGUCGGCCAGGCUGUAGGUUCUGCUUCCAUCUCACCAGGAGGUAGAGACGUCGUUCUGGCAUCACAGCAAGGCCUGCAUAUCAUCGAUCUCGACUCGCCAUUCUCUCCUCCGCGUCACUUGCGCCACCAGACCCCAUGGACCCCGGCGGAUGUACAGUGGUCUCCGUUUGCUUCACGAUAUUACUGGGUCGUUAGUACUUCGAAUCAAAGAGCCUUAGUCUGGAAUCUUGAGCUCGCUAGUCUCCAAGCCCCUAUAGAGCACACGUUGCACGCUCACUCGAGAGCUAUCACCGACAUCAAUUUCUCUCCUUUGCAACCGGACUUACUUGCUACUUGUGCAGUUGACGCUUUUGUACAUUGUUGGGAUCUGCGCGUGUCUGCAAGACCUGUAAUCAGUUUCUCCGACUGGUUCGCUGGUGCCACUCAAGUCAAGUGGAAUCGCCGCAACCCUCAUAUUGUUGCUUCUUCACACGACAAGUAUCUACAUAUUUGGGAUGAUCGCAAAGGCGCAUUGCCCCUUAAAACGAUCGAGGCUCAUCAGACAAAGAUUUAUGGAAUCGACUGGAGUCGCACUGAAGAAACCAAGAUUGUCACUUGCUCACUCGACCGGACUAUCAAGGUCUGGGACUACGAGUAUUCCGAAGUAGAACCUGAGCGUGUCAUUAAUACCCCUUUCCCGGUAUGGCGAGCUCGACAUACCCCAUUUGGUAAUGGAGUAUUAGCUAUGCCACAAAGAGGAGAUCAUGAUCUGCACAUGUACGACUGCCGGCCAUCGAAUGUGACCAAUACACCGGCUCUCACCGAGCCCAACUAUCGCUUCACUGGACAUGAAGAACAGGUCAAGGAGUUCUUGUGGCGAGGGCGUGGUAAUAUCGACGAAUACUCGGAUGGUCGUGACUUCCAACUGGUGUCAUGGGGAGCUGAUCGCGAACUCAUCUUACAUCGCAUGGGCGACAAGCAGCUGCAAUCCAUCGGAUUUCACAAGGGUAUGCUCAUGGACAAGCCGGUGCAACUCACUAGAAUUGGUGCACCUUACAAGUCGUUCAGAGAUCGGCCUGUCCAUCCUGCGACAGCGGCCGAUAGUACCACACACGGCAAUACAAUAGUACAUCCUGGUACCAGUCCUGGAAUGAACAAAGUGCCUAUCCCAAUCGCAGGUGGUUGGGCCGAUAGUGGCCAGAUGAUGACCUACUCGGGCAUCGAAACUCGAAAUGUCCGACAGCAAGACAACGGCCUCAUCUCAUGGAUGAAGGGUGUCAAAUUCGGCAAGCGCAAACCAAGCUCCCCGGAUAGACAGGGUACAAGAGAACUCUCGAUCAUCGCCGAUCUACACAAUCCGGACACUCAUGCUGUGCGUGAAACUCUCAGCGAUGAGAUUAUUCACGUGGGUGAGAAAUUUACACGAGUCACGGUUGAAGAGGCAGAUGUGUCGAACAGACAUGUGAAGAUAUCACUCAACGGUCCAUGGGCGGCCGAAGAGAAGCUAGCAUUCAUGCAGCUCUGCAUGGACUUCCCAGUAGAUUACCCCGAGAAAUCUGUCCCGUGGUUCCACCUCGACAAAGCAUCUGCCUUGUCAGAGGAAAAAAUUGCAGAGCUCGAGGGUAACCUACGCAAGAUUGCCACUGGAUACUUGAUACAUCGUCGAGGAUGUAUUGAAGGUUUCUUGUCCUAUUUGACGGGCGAAAGAGAUUUGCAGGAAAGCAUCAGCUGGCUUGGGCUUGGUGGCAACGAUGUGAUUGCACCUGGUGAAGAAGCAGAGAGCUCCAGUGAUGAAGAAGACGGCUUGCUCGGCGAUUUUGGUGGUAGCGAAUCACAAACUCUGGGCAUGGAGGGCAGUGUAGGAUCCGGCAUCUUCAGCACAAAUGCCAACGUGCCUCUUCCCAGAACAUGUGGAGCUCUGUGGGCUCCGAAUGGACAACUGAUCUGUUUCAUGCCGCCAAAGGAAGAGCCGCGUUCGAUUCUCCAGAAGUUUGCGAUCGACGAUAGAAAUCGCAAUCGCGGAAGUAGAGAAAUCUUCGAAGGUUUCGGAAGGUUACAUUCAGGCCAGACAGAGUCAAAGAGUAAGAGCAAGCCUAGUGCUGACGCUUUUGAGGUGGAAGACUCAGAUGACAGUUCUGAGUUCUCGUCUUCUAGCUCAUCUUCGGGUUCUGAUGAGCCAGAAAUGUUCCUUCGCAGAUUCCAACCACCAUCUGCCUGGCAUGGUGGGUCGUUACGCUUCCCACGCCUGAAGGGACUCAGAACACAUUCCACCGAAGGUUCGAUACCAACAAGUAAUGGGCUCAACAAGAGAGGUACCGGUGCUAGAAACAAGAUUCGAGUCAAGAUCAUCGAUGCAGAUGGCUUGUUGCCCUCGAAGCGAAAACUUGCGUCAGAGUAUCUCGUCUAUGGUGAUGGAGAGACAGUCUGCUCGCACAACGCCCAAGCUGCCUCAUCAAACGGCUUUCCUGAAUUGGCUGACAUAUGGGAGUUUGUUGGCCUGGUAUUGGCUAGAAAGGUUCCUCUGAUCAUGCUUUCGAUGCCCAGACAAGAGACAGAUAUUCGUGUUCUAGCACGUCGGUCGCUUAUGUCGUAUCAAAGAAACGAUAGUGGAUUAGACCUGUCGUUUGACGAGCCAGAAGCUGUGCUUAAUCCACACGAAACAGCUCUGAUAAAAUGGGGUAGUCAUCCGUUUGCCGGGUCUUGGCUCAUCGACACACUAUUUACUCACUUUGAGAACCUGGCGGAUGUUCAGAUGCUCGGUAUGCUUUCUUGUAUAUUCGCUCAGUCCUUGUCACCCGAUGAUCAACGUCCGACCUACGAGGAUCUCCCACAAUCGAUGACUUGCGCCGCCCAACUCUUUGAUUACUUCCCCGACAAGGAGACUGCUUUUGGGUAUUAUGAGCCCAUAAUCUCUAUCUCCGAUCUAUCGAACAAGAACAGAAGGUCAGGGGCAGGACUUGCCUCGACAGGAGUGUCCUCACAGGAUCUUCGAGAACAAAGUAUAGUUGCAAGCGAGCCAGUCACUCCCUUAUACACUGGCAACACACCUCCCAUGCCGUUAUCAAGGACCAGUACACACCGGUCUAGUGCUGCACCCAGCCUCUCAACAUCACCAGAACACCACCGUACCUCCAUACCAAGUGCGACAAGUUCUUUCGCUGCUUCCGUCUUGGCUCGACCGUUCCAACUUGCUAGCUCUCCCCCUGUUCGCAAUCGUAACAGUGGGGAGGAGCUCUCGUCAUCAAUACCUUCGCAGGCGGGCAUCAACUGGAACAAGAGUCGACCAUUCAACCGAAGCGACUCGACAAUUCGUAGGAGCUUCAUGUCUCAAGGGUUUGGUGACGACUAUGAUGGUUCUACUACAGAGGAUGACGAGUCGCUGCCACCACAGUCUCGCGUCAAGAUCAGUCUCAAGAAUCAGGAUCUCUUCGACGAUGAGGGACGCUCGAAUAUCGCGUUCUUGGAUCCCAACCAGUCCAUCAAGUUUGCAGUUUAUCGUGCUGUGUAUGCAAAUAUGCUAGGUGCCUGGGGGUUCCAGAUGCAGCAGAAUGAAGUUGACAAACUCGACGGUCUGCUUUCAAACGUUCUCGCACGUACUAGGUCAAGAGACCAUGGUUCACAAUCCACUCUUACGUUGGGAGAGGCCGAAGAAGACGAAGACAAGCUAGAUUGUUUAGGUCCACAAGUUGUCCGAUGCUGCAUGUCUUGUGGCGAAGUCGACAUACCAGACCGUCGUGCAGACCACAAAUGCGCCAAAUGCGGCGGGCGCUCCCACUUACUUUCUUGCACCAUCUGCUACCAACCCAUCGCAGGUCUCUACAAAGUAUGUCCUGUAUGCGGACACGCCGCUCACAUCUCCUGUCUCGCCACCCUCCUCGAAUCACUUCCAGAAGACGAAAAGCCAGAAUGCGAAGCAGGUUGUGGAUGUGCCUGUGAUGAAAACAUAGCUGUUGGAGGUGAAGAGAUUUUCGGUUUGGUCAUGCCACUCACGUUUGAACAGGAAGUCACAAAGGAGACUGGUUUCCGUAUGCUGCAGCCUGUGGGUAACAGUACUAUCCUGCAUAGGCGUGGGAGUAUUGUCGAGGCGAAGCAGUCGGGGAGAUUGAGAGAUACGGCACAGCAUGAACACGGGGGAUCGUCGAAGAAUGGCCCUCGAAGGACUAGGACGAGAUCGUUCGGGCAUUGAUGAUCGUGUAAUCGGAGAUAUGAUAGUGUAAUCGAAGAUGAAGAAAAGUAUCGUCACUGUCUUGCAAACUCGUGUAUAAUGACGAGGAAGCGACGAACAUGUAUACAAGAUGCCUAGGUAUCUACUUGUGGUGAGAAAGCCUGAGGAAGUUGCAUGAGGCGGCCAUGAUCAUCUCUCAAUGACGACAAAUUUGUGCCGUACUGCUGUCACGCGAGUGAUGUACUUGGAAGGAGGUAGAAAGUG